AUGUCUUUCACCUCCUUUGGUACGCCUAACUGGAGGAAGAACACUGGUGUUUGCAAAUUCUUCGGGAACGGUGGCUGCAUGAAAGGCGAAAGAUGUGAAUUUAAACACGAAGGAGGAGGUACACCGGCCAGCUCCUCUAACUCGUGGCGUUCCGGGGAGACCCGUGGAAACCAGGAUACGGGUUGGGGCCUGGGAAGAGGAAGAGGAAGAACGGGGAGCUUUCAAUCGGAUCGUGGGGACUGGGAUCGUGGAAACCAGGAUACGGGCUGGGGCCCGGGAAGAGGAAGAGGAAGAGCGGGGAGCUUUCAAUCGGAUCGUGGAGGGGACUGGGAUCGUGGAAGGGAAUUAGAUCAUGGAGGGGUUUCUCUUGCAUCCGAACCAACUUCAUCUGGGAGAAAGGUAUCCGAGUUAGGCAUCUGGCCUUCUCGACCGACUCAGAAGGGAGAGGGCUGGGUAAGAUAUGGAGAUUGGGAAGACAGAUUCGGGGCACAUACGAAGCAAAGAGCCUCAACGAUGAGAUACUUUUGGGAAGAGGCGUUAGAUAUUGUGGAAGGAUCGGAUCCCAAUCUUAUCCAAAAGGUUGUAGGGCGGUUGGUUGCAAAGGAUAACAUCGGUCGACAAUUGAUAGAGCAGGUGGUGAAGAACGAUUAUUCGAGCCCUCGGCCUGUCCUUGAUUAUCUAUUAAUCUCAGUUCCUUUCCUUCUCGUACUCACCCACCCGGAUCUCAUAAAUUCCCUUGCAAUAGAUCGCCAGGUCGGAACAAUCUACAAUUAUCUAUAUGGAACUGAUGGAAGCAUCUGCCUCACCUUUUUUAGGAACCUUGCUAUACAGCUCGAAAGCGAGGCGGCGAUCGAUGCUCGCAAAAGCGGCAUAUGGAAACCUGCUGAUGUCGGGAAACCAAUGAGCUUCUCAAAGGCACUCGCUUGCAUUGUAGAGGGGCUUCGACACACUCUGAAGCGUAACAUCCAAGCCGGGUUUAAUGAGGACUAUAAAACCGUCGCUGAGUCUUACUGUGCCCUGGCACGUCUCAUCACUCAAAACGACGAGUUUUAUACAUCUAUCAAUAGCUCCUUGACAGAAAUCAUCGGAAUCCAUCGAAGAGCCAAUUUUAUCAUCGUACUUCCUACAGCAACACCUACGCAAGGUCAAGGGGGGAGAGUUGAAUCCUCGUAUCCAGUGGAGGUCGAUUAUCCGGGAUAUCUAUCGACGCAGGGUCCCAGACAUGACAACGAUUUUGUCUCCAUUCGUCAAAUCCAGAUUCUACCCACCUUCGAAGAGAUACUUAGCCCGAGAAAGGAGUAUCUUCCCUACAAAAAAACCACUUGCCCACACUUCCUGGAUGGUGUUGACCGACUUUUUGAUACUCAUUUUCGCCUCCUCCGCCAUGAUAGUGUUGAAGGCCUGAGAGACGCUGUUAGUAGGGUUUUAAACAUACUUCAACUCCCACUUCAAGAAAGGGCCACUGCGAUGAGGAAAGCUAGCCUUGGGAAUAUUCAUGGGCAUCUAUAUACCGAUGUGUCUGCCGCUUUUGCAAAAUUUGACCAGCGUCAAGGUCUCGAGCUAGUAUUGAAGUUUCAGCAACCGCCAGCCGUAAUCAACAAAACACCUCAGGGGCAAAUGGAGUGGUGGAAUAACCAGAAAUCACGGUUUGACCGAGGGACACUGGCAUGUCUUGUAACAAAGGGGCCUGAGGACUUUCUACGCGUUACAUUCUUCACCAUCUCUAAGAAGGAAACUAACCCAUCAAUGGAUGAUGGACUCGCGACCGGGAGGCAUGGCCAUAUAUCCGUCCAGCUAAUCCACUCAAAGAAGGAAGAGGACAGUGAUCUCGAGGAUACGGGGGAUACCGAUAUCGAUUUUAUUCUCGGACGAUUAUCAAGAUACGCAACACCUAUGACCAGCGUCCUGGUUAACUUCCCAGGAAUUAUUCCAGCUACGUUUCUUCCAGUUCUGGAAAAUCUUCAGCAGCUCAGCGCACAGGGAAAUCUUCCAUUAUCUCAAUGGAUCGCCCCUAGUUCUGAAACAAUGCUGCUAGACUCUGGUUUCUCCCCGGACAACCUGCCUCCAGCAUAUUCGCGAGACCCGACCUUUCGUUGGGAUCUCAAACCUAUCUUGAAAAACAAGUUAGAUGAUUUUUCCUUACCUUCGACCGCCCAACCUGACGAUCAAACGGUUUUGAAAACUCUGGAGGAAAUGACGACGUUAGAUAGUGGGCAAUGCAAGGCUCUUAUUACGGGAUUGACGAAAGAAAUGUCUCUCAUCCAAGGCCCUCCAGGAACUGGUAAAAGUUAUGUCGGAGUUCAGAUUGUCAUGGUUCUGCUUCACAAUAAAAGAUGGUCAAAGAUUGGACCGAUCGUAUGCGUUUGCUACACAAACCAUGCCUUGGAUCAAUUCCUCGAAGAAUUACAUGAGAAGGGCAUCGAAAGGAUAAUCAGGGUGGGCGGUCAAUCAAAAAUGGAUGAGCCCGUAGGGUACAAUCUGAAAGACGUUUCUAAGGCUGCAGAAAAAACUCGGGAAGAGAGGGAUAGUAUAUGGGAGUACCAUAAAAGCCUGGAGGCUAUAUCUAAUCAAGCCCAAGGGCUUUGCAAAGAAAUUCGCAAGAGUCCUGAUUCAUGGGCUGCCAUAUCUCCGAUCCUAAAGAAAGAAUUCACCCAUCUUCACCGUCAACUUUUAUAUAAUGAGGACCCCUACAUUCAAGCUCAGAGGCAGGCAUGGGCUGACAAAGCUGAUGAAGAACGGGAGGAGAUUGAUAUCAAAGGCGGAAAUAAGGGGGCGAGUCUCAAAUCUGAGAAUCCAUGGCAAGAAGUCAGUGAGCCCGCCCACAUUUGGGAUGCAUGGCGAGGCGUCCGGAGAGGUCCAGUCUGGCAAUAUCGAAACAGAAACAUUACUAAUACUACUCAUCCUCCACGCACACUCGAAUCAAUUGUCAGUUGUACAGAUAUGUGGUCUCUACCUUGGGAAGAGAGACAAAUAUUGGUGGAGUAUCUUUCCAAAAGGGCAGAAGAAUCUCCAAUACGCCGUCUUUCCACCCAAGCUCAAGGAUUUAAGAUCGAAGCGGACGGGUUGCAUGCACAAUACAACGAAGUGGACCGCCGUUGCCUCGAUCAAGCAGAUAUAAUUGGUAUCACGACUACUGGUCUAGCAAAACAGGGUGCGCUUCUGAGAAAAUUGCAAUCGAAAGUUGUUAUUUGUGAGGAGGCCGGUGAAGUCUUGGAGGGACAUCUCAUCAACGCUAUUCUCCCCACAUGCCAACAUCUUAUUCAAAUUGGAGAUCAUCAGCAGCUACGACCCCAAAUCAAUUGUUUUCAAGACCUUUCGUUAGAAAGUAGAGAUGGUACACCCUACAGCCUUGACGAAAGCAUGUUUGAAAGAUUGGUGAGAGAAAGGCCUGAUCUGGCACCCGCGCAGCUCAACAUCCAGCGACGCAUGCGUCCCGAGAUAUCGAGCCUGAUUAGAGAUACCUUGUAUCCAGAUCUUUGUGAUUUCAAGAAUGUCAGCGAAUAUCCUGACGUCGUUGGUAUGAAGAAAAACGUUUUCUGGCUGGAUCAUACUCACCCAGAAGCAGAGAGCGAUGAUUUUGGCGUUAAACUAGGAUCACACAGCAAUGAUUGGGAGGUUGAAAUGACCCAUGGGCUUGUGCGGCAUCUUGUUCGGCAAUCCCACUACUCCACCAAGGAUAUCGCAGUCUUGACGCCAUACACGGGACAGCUCCAAAAGCUUCGCCGGGCACUUGGGGCGAGUUUUGAGGUUGUCCUGAGUGAAAAAGACAAGGAUGCUUUGGUUCGAGAUGGCCUGGACGAAAGCGAUAAGCCAAAAAAGGAUUCGAACGGUAUAUCUGUUAAGAAGUCUACUCUUCUGGAGGCGAUCCGCGUUGCUACGGUUGACAACUUCCAAGGUGAAGAAGCCAAGAUCGUCAUUAUAUCUUUGGUUCGAAGUAACGAGGGACGAAGGGUCGGUUUCCUUCGAACUACAAACCGUAUCAACGUUCUUCUAAGUCGAGCAAAGCAUGGAAUGUACCUUAUCGGAAACGCAGAAAGUGCGGGAUCAAUAAUCAUGUGGCGGGACGCACCUGGAAGUGUAAACACCAAGGAGAAUGCGAAAUGCCUUGCGCGGCUCCUUGUGAAUUAUUGCCUUGUGACGAAAGAUGCGACGAAAUACUCAAAUGCGGCCAUAGAUGCCCAUCACUAUGCGGCGAAAUCUGUCCUGCGGCUGAUUUCUGCCAACUCUGCUGCUCAACAGAGCGGAAAGAAGAUGCUGGGGUUGACAUGA